AAACAAGUAUAGCAACUUGAACAGCUUCAAGGAAGCAGUUGAUAAUAUUGUGCUGAUGGGUUCCACAACGAGAAUAGACAAAGCUCUUCGUCUGGCUCAGAAAGAAGUGUUUGAACUAGAGAACGGUGCUAGACCGGGAGUUGCAAAAAUUCUCUUUUUACUAACAGAUGGCUCUCAGACCCAGGAACGUGGUUCAGAAAACCCAGUAGCCAUUGCAAAUGAGUUGCGCUCUGCUGGUGUUACCAUUAUCGUCAUAGGUAUUACUAAUGCGGUGAAUGUAAGUGAGUUGUCUGACAUUGCUGGUGGAGAAGAAAACGCUUACGCCGCUGAAUCGUUUGAAAAACUGAAGGACGUUAAUUUUUUAGACGUCAUCAAAACAAAGAUGUGUGAAACAGCAAACGUUACUUCGUUCAUCACUUCUACGGCAAGUGUCCCAACGUCAACCAGCUCGUCAUCUUCAACGACUUCAAGUACAACUGCAGAACCCUCCACGACCACGCAAUCUUUAGAAACUGUAGCUAAAGUUCAACCGACGUGUGAAGCUAUAGUGGACAUUGUUUUUUUAUUGGACUCAUCUGGUAGUUUGAGAAAAUAUUACCAAAAUGAAAAAGAUUUUUUAAAGUCUGUAAUUUCUGCUUUCGGUGUAAGCUUCAAUGGUACAAGAGCCGCAGUGAUUACAUUUAGUUAUCAUGCUCAACUCAGUAUAAAGCUAAACAAGUAUAGCAACUUGAACAGCUUCAAGGAAGCAGUUGAUAAUAUUGUGCUGAUGGGUUCCACAACGAGAAUAGACAAAGCUCUUCGUCUGGCUCAGAAAGAAGUGUUUGAACUAGAGAACGGUGCUAGACCGGGAGUUGCAAAAAUUCUCUUUUUACUAACAGAUGGCUCUCAGACCCAGGAACGUGGUUCAGAAAACCCAGUAGCCAUUGCAAAUGAGUUGCGCUCUGCUGGUGUUACCAUUAUCGUCAUAGGUAUUACUAAUGCGGUGAAUGUAAGUGAGUUGUCUGACAUUGCUGGUGGAGAAGAAAACGCUUACGCCGCUGAAUCGUUUGAAAAACUGAAGGACGUUAAUUUUUUAGACGUCAUCAAAACAAAGAUGUGUGAAACAGCAAACGUUACUUCGUUCAUCACUUCUACGGCAAGUGUCCCAACGUCAACCAGCUCGUCAUCUUCAACGACUUCAAGUACAACUGCAGAACCCUCCACGACCACGCAAUCUUUAGAAACUGUAGCUAAAGUUCAACCGACGUGUGAAGCUAUAGUGGACAUUGUUUUUUUAUUGGACUCAUCUGGUAGUUUGAGAAAAUAUUACCAAAAUGAAAAAGAUUUUUUAAAGUCUGUAAUUUCUGCUUUCGGUGUAAGCUUCAAUGGUACAAGAGCCGCAGUGAUUACAUUUAGUUAUCAUGCUCAACUCAGUAUAAAGCUAAACAAGUAUAGCAACUUGAACAGCUUCAAGGAAGCAGUUGAUAAUAUUGUGCUGAUGGGUUCCACAACGAGAAUAGACAAAGCUCUUCGUCUGGCUCAGAAAGAAGUGUUUGAACUAGAGAACGGUGCUAGACCGGGAGUUGCAAAAAUUCUCUUUUUACUAACAGAUGGCUCUCAGACCCAGGAACGUGGUUCAGAAAACCCAGUAGCCAUUGCAAAUGAGUUGCGCUCUGCUGGUGUUACCAUUAUCGUCAUAGGUAUUACUAAUGCGGUGAAUGUAAGUGAGUUGUCUGACAUUGCUGGUGGAGAAGAAAACGCUUACGCCGCUGAAUCGUUUGAAAAACUGAAGGACGUUAAUUUUUUAGACGUCAUCAAAACAAAGAUGUGUGAAACAGCAAACGUUACUUCGUUCAUCACUUCUACGGCAAGUGUCCCAACGUCAACCAGCUCGUCAUCUUCAACGACUUCAAGUACAACUGCAGAACCCUCCACGACCACGCAAUCUUUAGAAACUGUAGCUAAAGUUCAACCGACGUGUGAAGCUAUAGUGGACAUUGUUUUUUUAUUGGACUCAUCUGGUAGUUUGAGAAAAUAUUACCAAAAUGAAAAAGAUUUUUUAAAGUCUGUAAUUUCUGCUUUCGGUGUAAGCUUCAAUGGUACAAGAGCCGCAGUGAUUACAUUUAGUUAUCAUGCUCAACUCAGUAUAAAGCUAAACAAGUAUAGCAACUUGAACAGCUUCAAGGAAGCAGUUGAUAAUAUUGUGCUGAUGGGUUCCACAACGAGAAUAGACAAAGCUCUUCGUCUGGCUCAGAAAGAAGUGUUUGAACUAGAGAACGGUGCUAGACCGGGAGUUGCAAAAAUUCUCUUUUUACUAACAGAUGGCUCUCAGACCCAGGAACGUGGUUCAGAAAACCCAGUAGCCAUUGCAAAUGAGUUGCGCUCUGCUGGUGUUACCAUUAUCGUCAUAGGUAUUACUAAUGCGGUGAAUGUAAGUGAGUUGUCUGACAUUGCUGGUGGAGAAGAAAACGCUUACGCCGCUGAAUCGUUUGAAAAACUGAAGGACGUUAAUUUUUUAGACGUCAUCAAAACAAAGAUGUGUGAAACAGCAAACGUUACUUCGUUCAUCACUUCUACGGCAAGUGUCCCAACGUCAACCAGCUCGUCAUCUUCAACGACUUCAAGUACAACUGCAGAACCCUCCACGACCACGCAAUCUUUAGAAACUGUAGCUAAAGUUCAACCGACGUGUGAAGCUAUAGUGGACAUUGUUUUUUUAUUGGACUCAUCUGGUAGUUUGAGAAAAUAUUACCAAAAUGAAAAAGAUUUUUUAAAGUCUGUAAUUUCUGCUUUCGGUGUAAGCUUCAAUGGUACAAGAGCCGCAGUGAUUACAUUUAGUUAUCAUGCUCAACUCAGUAUAAAGCUAAACAAGUAUAGCAACUUGAACAGCUUCAAGGAAGCAGUUGAUAAUAUUGUGCUGAUGGGUUCCACAACGAGAAUAGACAAAGCUCUUCGUCUGGCUCAGAAAGAAGUGUUUGAACUAGAGAACGGUGCUAGACCGGGAGUUGCAAAAAUUCUCUUUUUACUAACAGAUGGCUCUCAGACCCAGGAACGUGGUUCAGAAAACCCAGUAGCCAUUGCAAAUGAGUUGCGCUCUGCUGGUGUUACCAUUAUCGUCAUAGGUAUUACUAAUGCGGUGAAUGUAAGUGAGUUGUCUGACAUUGCUGGUGGAGAAGAAAACGCUUACGCCGCUGAAUCGUUUGAAAAACUGAAGGACGUUAAUUUUUUAGACGUCAUCAAAACAAAGAUGUGUGAAACAGCAAACGUUACUUCGUUCAUCACUUCUACGGCAAGUGUCCCAACGUCAACCAGCUCGUCAUCUUCAACGACUUCAAGUACAACUGCAGAACCCUCCACGACCACGCAAUCUUUAGAAACUGUAGCUAAAGUUCAACCGACGUGUGAAGCUAUAGUGGACAUUGUUUUUUUAUUGGACUCAUCUGGUAGUUUGAGAAAAUAUUACCAAAAUGAAAAAGAUUUUUUAAAGUCUGUAAUUUCUGCUUUCGGUGUAAGCUUCAAUGGUACAAGAGCCGCAGUGAUUACAUUUAGUUAUCAUGCUCAACUCAGUAUAAAGCUAAACAAGUAUAGCAACUUGAACAGCUUCAAGGAAGCAGUUGAUAAUAUUGUGCUGAUGGGUUCCACAACGAGAAUAGACAAAGCUCUUCGUCUGGCUCAGAAAGAAGUGUUUGAACUAGAGAACGGUGCUAGACCGGGAGUUGCAAAAAUUCUCUUUUUACUAACAGAUGGCUCUCAGACCCAGGAACGUGGUUCAGAAAACCCAGUAGCCAUUGCAAAUGAGUUGCGCUCUGCUGGUGUUACCAUUAUCGUCAUAGGUAUUACUAAUGCGGUGAAUGUAAGUGAGUUGUCUGACAUUGCUGGUGGAGAAGAAAACGCUUACGCCGCUGAAUCGUUUGAAAAACUGAAGGACGUUAAUUUUUUAGACGUCAUCAAAACAAAGAUGUGUGAAACAGCAAACGUUACUUCGUUCAUCACUUCUACGGCAAGUGUCCCAACGUCAACCAGCUCGUCAUCUUCAACGACUUCAAGUACAACUGCAGAACCCUCCACGACCACGCAAUCUUUAGAAACUGUAGCUAAAGUUCAACCGACGUGUGAAGCUAUAGUGGACAUUGUUUUUUUAUUGGACUCAUCUGGUAGUUUGAGAAAAUAUUACCAAAAUGAAAAAGAUUUUUUAAAGUCUGUAAUUUCUGCUUUCGGUGUAAGCUUCAAUGGUACAAGAGCCGCAGUGAUUACAUUUAGUUAUCAUGCUCAACUCAGUAUAAAGCUAAACAAGUAUAGCAACUUGAACAGCUUCAAGGAAGCAGUUGAUAAUAUUGUGCUGAUGGGUUCCACAACGAGAAUAGACAAAGCUCUUCGUCUGGCUCAGAAAGAAGUGUUUGAACUAGAGAACGGUGCUAGACCGGGAGUUGCAAAAAUUCUCUUUUUACUAACAGAUGGCUCUCAGACCCAGGAACGUGGUUCAGAAAACCCAGUAGCCAUUGCAAAUGAGUUGCGCUCUGCUGGUGUUACCAUUAUCGUCAUAGGUAUUACUAAUGCGGUGAAUGUAAGUGAGUUGUCUGACAUUGCUGGUGGAGAAGAAAACGCUUACGCCGCUGAAUCGUUUGAAAAACUGAAGGACGUUAAUUUUUUAGACGUCAUCAAAACAAAGAUGUGUGAAACAGCAAACGUUACUUCGUUCAUCACUUCUACGGCAAGUGUCCCAACGUCAACCAGCUCGUCAUCUUCAACGACUUCAAGUACAACUGCAGAACCCUCCACGACCACGCAAUCUUUAGAAACUGUAGCAAUGUUUCAACCGACAUGUGAAGCUGUAGUGGAUAUUGUUUUUUUAUUGGACUCAUCUGCUAGUUUGAGAAAAUAUUAUCAAAAUGAAAAAGAUUUUUUAAAGUCUUUAAUUUCUGCUUUCGGUGUAAGCAUCAAUAGUACAAGAGCCGCAGUGAUUACAUUUAGUUAUCAUGCUCAACUCAGUAUAAAGCUAAACAAGUAUAGCAACUUGAACAGCUUCAAGGAAGCAGUUGAUAAUAUUGUGCUGAUGGGUUCCACAACGAGAAUAGACAAAGCUCUUCGUCUGGCUCAGAAAGAAGUGUUUGAAUUAGAGAACGGUGCUAGACCGGGAGUAGCAAAAAUUCUCUUUUUACUAACAGAUGGCUCUCAGACCCAGGAACGUGGUUCAGAAAACCCUGUAGUCAUUGCAAAUGAGUUGCGCUCUGCUGGUGUUACCAUUAUUGUCAUAGGUAUUACUAAUGCAGUGGAUGUAAGUGAAUUAUUUGACAUCGCUGGUGGAGAAGAAAACGCUUAUUUUGCUGAUUCGUUUGAAAAACUUAAGGACGUUAAUUUUCUAGAAGUUGUCAAAAGAAAGAUGUGUGAAACAGCAAACGUGACUUUAUAACCACCACAUAUUCAACGACAUUAAGUGUCACAAGAAAACCAAUUUUAUCUAACCCCAGCUAAAUUAAAGGUGGAUCUUUAGGGACAUUUUAUGGAGGAUAUGAUUGGCAUGGUUGGUUAUUAAAGUGUGAAGUUGUUUUUAAAUGCUGCCGAAACCUUUAUUUAAGCAACAACAUCAGAUUUUUUGAAUUUUAAACUUGGAAAUUUUAAACUGUAACACAUUUUAAAUUUA